UUCUCGUGAUCGUGGAGUUUAGAAGUAGUGUGCCACUGUCCUUGCUCAGCUAUCUUAAGUUAACUGCUGAAUUCCUUCAAUAAGACAUGGACGUAGUAACAGCAGUAGUGAAAUACAAUCAACAGACUUUAGGAAGGGAUAAACUUUGUAGGAUCAUUCAGUAUGCCUCCAGAUUGUCAAGUUAUCUUCUUCAGCAAGGUGGUGCAAGUGCCGAUUGGGUAAACAGAGCAAAGACACUUGAUAAACAAACAAGCACUUCAAGAAAACUCUUUAGGUUGGGAAAGAGUUUAGACAUGAUAUUGGGAGCUGUACGAGCACAAGACAUCCAUCACGACAACGUCUUAAGAGUCCUCAUCACAUGCCGCCGCCUAACUUAUACAAUCUAUUAUAUCAUUGAUCACAUCACAUGGGCCGCAAGACUGGGACUCUAUAAGUCUACCCCAAAAGAGUGGUCAAAGUUUCAGGCAAAAUUCUGGGUCAUUGCUCUCGUCUUUGGCCUUCUUAGAAACCUGUACGACAUCUUGAAUCUAAUUUUUGUUCCAAAAAAGAAGCAAGAUGGUGGAGAAGAGAGCUUUGCACCAGGAAGUACUGUGGCUUCCCGACUGAUGUCCCGUCCUCAAGUUUUGCUAGACACAGUCAAGAAUUCAGCAGAUUUCCUUUUGCCUUUCAAUGUCAUGGGUGUGAUUGAGCUGAAUGCUGGUGUAGCUGGUUUGCUUGGAUUGAUUUCGUCAAUCGCCGGUGCUACCCCUGUUUGGAUUCCUAACAUGAAGCUGAAACCUUCUUAGAAUCUAAAGAAAGCAAAACAAUGUAUUAACUUAAGACUAGUAACAUCUAUUUUUGCUAUCAAAAAAACUUUUUCCUUUCAUUCUCAAGGUCCCUCUUCUGUGAGUACAUGUAUGAACUGAAAGAGUCAGUAGUAAAAUAUUGUGCAAAAUGUAAUGGUUUCUAAUUAAUCUGAACAUUUGAUUUAUUUAGCACUAAAACCUAAUUGAAUCAAGGUUUAGAUUUUAGGACACUGUUCAGCAUUGUCAUCUGUGGGGGAAUGGGCUGGUCAGUAUUAUGCCAUCUGGGAAAUAUCCAUACCCACCUAGGAAAAGGUUACUAAAAAUACAGUAUUUACCUAAGUGGAGGGUUUUAAAGGAAAAUAUGGACUGGAAUGGGAAAGGUGUGGGGAAAACAGAAAAGAAUCCACUAGAUUGGAUAUGGAUAUUUUCUGGAACAAUAUAUUUCAUGCAAGUAGAUUCACACACUUUUUCAUAGAGUUGGACUUGAGAUAUAACACAUAAUUCAAUGUUAUUAGGUCAUAGCCAGGUGCUUGUGUCUUAAAGUUAUAUCGGUGAGUGUUGCUCCUACAUACAUGUACACCCUUUUCAGUACAACAGUUCAACACAUGAUAUAUUCAUUAACUUAUUAAGAAUAAUCUUUCAAUGGCUGAGUGAAACGAAAUAAGUGAACAAUGUUUUUCUCACACACUGCUGGGGCCUGGGUAUAGGUCAUGUGACCUGUGGGAUGGGCAGUUGUUUCUGUUGUGUUUGCCAUAUUUGCUGACUUUCCCACCCGCCCUCCCAACUUUUUUUAUAAUGCCAGUAUAAUGUACAAGCCUUGAACUUUUUUCAUUAUUUCCAGUCUUCAGCAUAAUGCUACUUGUAUUAGCUUUGAUUUUGCAAUCAAGGUCAGACAGCGACAGUCAGCUUGACAUGGCUACUAGUGGUGCGUGAGAAACACUGUUUAACUGGGCAUUUACAAGGUGCGGACAUAGAUCAUCCAAAGGAAUCAUACAAGAUAACAAACCAUAGCAAAGUAAUAGGAUGUGGCUCGAGUAUAGGAAAUCAUGCAUGUGAUAAAGUUAGCCAGAGCUGGAACUCUUUUGGGCAACAUUACAGUAACUAUAAAAAAUAAUUUGCCUUUGACAUGUUGUCUUCAUAGCUUAAAACCAUAAAAAUCAGGCAGAAGGUUAGUGGUCAACUUUUAAGGAUCUCUUUAGUUUUGAGAACAAUAAAGAUUACAAGUAUUAUUUAAUAAUCAAACGUA